GAAGUUAACCACUUUCGACAGAGCUGGUUACAAUUGUAAUUCAGCUGACAACUGCGAAACACCAAAACAGCCUGUCGCUAAUAAUAAAACACCAUCGUUGCACCAAAGUCUCGCGUCCCAAGCGAGGAAACGGAAGAAAAUCUCAUCUGCUUGAUCUCACCAUAUCGGACCAUCGAUCGCCAUCCAGACUUACAAUAGUACGAUUCCAACAAGGGCCUGAUUGAAUACGCCAGCGCAACGACGGCUAUUCAAAUUAAGACAAACCCUUCGCUCAAGUAGCGAGUUCAUUCAAUGCACCCAUACAGAGGCCGUGGCGGGCCUCGCCAGUCCACCCCAGCAAACGUCCAAUGUCAAAAGUGUCUCAAAAGAGGUCACUACUCUUAUGAGUGCAAGGAAUCGGCUACGGCCCGACCAUACGUGUCUCGGCCGUCCCGAACUCAACAGCUACGCAACCCGAAGCUGAUGCCCAAACUGACAAACGAUGCGCCAGAUGACGCGCAAAGAAAAAAAGGAAUCGCUGACGAGGAGCUCGCGAAGAAGGAAGCUGAGAGAGCGAGAAAGAGGGAGCUAGACGAGAGAGACGACGAACUCAUUAGGCAAACAGAGAGUAAGCGCAGACGAUCCGAGUCUGUUGACUCCGUUUCCACCAUCUCAACAAACCGCUCUGUCUCGCCUCCACCUAGGCGGCGCUCACCAUCUCCCGCCUCUGCUCCGCGGAGACAGAGGUCGUUUAGUCCGGAGAGCGACGACGGUCGCUCUGUCUCAAGAAGGUCACCAGCAAGCAGACGUACUCAGUCUCCGCCUCGACGCCACCAGAGAUCACUUUCUCGGGACAGUGGUUCACUCGUCGGAAUCCAAGAGCAAAACUAUCGUCAGAGGGAUGCGGAUCACGCUAGACAAACGGCUGGGGGUCAUGCGCGCUACUCGCCCGAUUCCAGGGAUUCAUCCACCUCCGGACGUGGUGGGGAUGCUGUUGGCCGCAGGCGGUCGUUGUCCCGGUCCCCCAACCGUCGUGGUGCGAGGCCACAAAGCGGCCCAAGUCGACGUGCUGGCAUAAAUGACGGAUAUCGAGAAGAGCCUCAGCCUACACUGGGCCGAGGUGGUGGGAACCAAAGGCAGGUUGGUGGGUCUGAGCGACUGCCAGAACGAGAGCGCAGUCUUAGUCCAUUUUCUAAGAGACUGGCAUUGACACAGUCCCUGAACAGGUAGUUAUUGGGUAUCAAUUAUUCGUAGGCCAAAUGGAGUCUAUGCCUGCUCCCGCAACCGUAAAAUACAAAAGCGUUCUACUACUC